AUGACGACGAAGGAUGGCCCUCCGCACGUGGCGAUGCUGGCGACGCCGGGGAUGGGCCACCUGAUCCCGCUGGCGGAGCUCGCCAAGCGCCUCGCCGCGCGGCACGGCGCCACGGCCACGCUCCUCACCUUCGCGUCCACCGCGUCCGCCACGCAGCGCGCCUUCCUCGCCACCCUCCCGCCCUCCGUCUCCCACGAGACGCUCCCGCCCGCCGACCUCUCCGACCUUCCACACGACGCCCUCGUCGAGACGCGCAUGUCCGUCGAGGGCACGCGCUCCCUCCCGGCACUCGCCACCAUCCUCGCGGAGCUGAAGCGGACCACGCGGCUCGUGGCGUUCGUCACCGACCUCUUCGGCAUCGACGCCUUCGACGCCGCGCGCGACGCCGGGGUGGGGAGGAGGUGCCUCUUCUUCCCCGGCAGCCUCCAUGCACUUAUGCUCCCCCCCCCCCCCCCCCCCCCCCCCGAGCUCGUCGUCUCCAUCCCCGGCGAGUUCCGAGACCUCACCGAGCCAGUGCGGCUGCCGGGGUGCGUGCCGAUCCCGGGGCCAGACGUGCUCUCGCCACUCCAGGACAGGUCUAGUCCGGCCUUUGGUGUGAUGGUCCACCUCGCCGAGCGCUUCCUUGAUGCCCAUGACAUCCUCGUGAACUCCUUCGACGCUGUCGAGCCGGAGGUCGCCACGGUGAUCCGCCAGCCGAAGCCCGGCCGGCCGCCGGUAUAUCCUGUAGGCCCACUGAUCCUUAAAGCUGAUAGCACCAGUGAUGCCAGCGACACGGCGCCUCAACCACCUCGCCCGGCAAGCCUCGAGUGGCUCGACCGUCAGCCACCCAAGUCAGUCAUCUUCAUCUCGUUCGGCUCCGGCGGCGCUCUGCCGGCGGAGCAGAUGCGUGGGCUCACGCUCGGGCUAGAGAUCAGCGAACAGCGCUUCCUGUGGGUGGUGCGGAGCCCCAGUGACGAGGGUUCGUUGAGCAGCAACUACUACGACUCCGAGACCAAGAAGGAUCCCUUCGCGUACCUGCCCGAAGGGUUCGUCGAGAGGACAAAGGACAUGGGGCUCGUGGUACCCUCGUGGGCUCCCCAAAUAGAGGUGCUGUCCCACGAGGCCACGGGAGGAUUCCUGACGCACUGCGGUUGGAACUCUACAUUGGAGAGCCUCGUGCACGGCGUGCCGAUGGUGGAGUGGCCGCUGUACGCCGAGCAGCGGCUGAAUGCGGUGAUGCUGUCGGAGGGGGUUGGGGCGGCGAUACGGCUGCCUGAGAUGAAGGAGAAGGAGACGAUCGCGGCAGCGGUGAGGGAGCUGAUGGCAGGAGAAGCCAAAGGUGCGGCGGUGAGGGCGAAGGUGGCGGAGCUGAAGAUGGCUGCUGCAGAAGGUCUCCGUGAGGGUGGUGCUGCCACGGCUGCACUAGAUGGGGUGGUGGAGAACUGGGCUGGAGAGAAUUAGUGAGCGCUCGAUCAAGUGCGCGUUUUACUCCUCUGCCACUGUUUCUCUUCAUGUUUUCGUUUUGGUGUGCCAGUAAUGAAUAAUAAGGACCAUGUAUAAGAAAUGUAUGCCUCACGCCAUCGCCAAAAAUUCAGCCUGCACAGCGACGGAGCUAGUAGAGGUAAUUGAGGUGUAUGUCUGGG